AUGUACGUGGCGUCUGGCUUCGGGAUCACAGGUGGGGCCCAUCGUCUGUGGACACAUAAGUCAUACAAAGCAACAUUACCACUGAAAAUAUUUCUCCUUCUGUGUUUCUCUAGUGCUGGGCAGAAUUCUUUGGUUCAAUGGGUUCGUGAUCACCGAGUACACCACAAGUACAGCGAUACGGACGCCGAUCCCCACAAUGCCAAUAGAGGUUUAUUUUUCUCUCAUAUUGGCUGGCUGAUGAUGAAGAAGAACCCCGAAGUAAUAUUACGAGGGAAACAAAUGGACAUGAGUGACAUCGAAAGUGAUCCACUUAUAAGGGCCUACGAAAGAAACUUCAACGUGCUCAAGCUACUGUUCUGCUAUCUUAUUCCAACAAUGACAGGCAUCUGGCUUUGGAAUGAAAACUGGAAGUGUGCAGUGGCAUGGCAGUGUUUUAUAAGAUUCCUCAGCAUGUUUCAUAGCGAACUUACAGUGAACAGCCUAGCACAUGCAUAUGGAUACAAGCCUUAUAAUAGACAUAUAAUACCUGCAGAAAAUCGAUUUGUAGCUUUCUGUACACUGGGCGAAGGCUGGCACAACUAUCAUCACGCAUUUCCCUUCGACUACAAAGCGGCUGAACACUUCGACUUCUUCAAUUUUGCAACAAAAUUCAUCAGAUUUUUUGAAAAAAUUGGUUGGGCGUAUGAUCUAAGAGAAGCCAGUGCGGAAGUCAUCAACUCUAUGGCCCAGAGGUCAGGGGACGGUACCCCCGUACAUUUUCCAUUGUCCCUGGAUGUUACUAAUAAUAGAGCAAGUGGAUAA